CUCACCGCCUAUUAAAAUCGCUGCAAUUGACCUAAAGAUAGAUAGAUAGAUACUUUAUUAAUCCCAAGGGGAAAUUCACAAAGUGGACCGCUCGUUGUCGUUAACCGAAUGUACCGUCUACCUAACAGCUAAUGGAGAAGAAGCAAAAACAAAGAGGUGGGCAGGAAGUUUCACUGGCCCGCAGCGAGCAUCUUUCCAGUUAGUUAGCGCUCUUGUACCUGCCAUGAUGUGCCCUUAACGACUGCGGGAAGAGCUCUUCCGAGACCGUGUCGCGUUCACAGGACCCUGCGAACAGAAGGACUCUUCGAACUGGAGUCCAGUGAUGUCGAGGAGUUGGGCUAUCAGAAGAACCUUCUGGUAAUCAUUUGAAGUGCAAUUAGUGGAUGCAUGCUUUCAACCCGCAUGUUUCAUUUUAGGGUUGUGACAAGCAUCAGUGGUAAGGCAUAAACAGGCACGCGUAGAUGCCACACUCGGUUAAGGCUGGAACGUCAACGGCGCCGCCAUCUUGGGAAGGUCAACUUUUCCUUUAAAAGACGUUUACGAAGCUGCGAUUUACUUUUGACUCGAACGGAAUGCCUCAGAACUGCGCGGCCUACGGGUGCAAGGCGAGGAGAAACCUGCAGACGAGGAAAGAAGGGAUCACUUUUCACAAGUUUCCCACUGAUCCCAUCCUCAAGAAAACCUGGGAAUCUGCUCUUGGGAGAGAGCGCUUUUCUGCAAGUUCCUCCACAGUUCUCUGCAGCCAGCAUUUUGAAGAGGCUGAUGUGGACAGGACUGGGCAAAUUGUGCGCAUUAGAGAAGGUGCCAUUCCAUCUGUUUUCAGCUUCCCAGCACACCUUCAGAAAAAACCCCUGGCAAAGAGGAAAACCAAAACAUCACAACGGGCUGCUAUCCCAUUUGAAGUAACAACUAAGAUUGAUGUUGGUGCAUCAGAAAGCCUACCUUGUGAUGAACACUUGUAUGCUGCGCCCCCUUCACCAGACAGGCUGAAGGACAAGCUUACGCAGGCUCAGGCGAGAGUGGAAGAACUCCAGCGACAACUCCGCAAUGCCAAAGACCGGGAGAGGAGGUGCAAGAUGACAUUGAAGAGUUUGUUGGUUGACUUAAAGGAUAGGAAUCUCAUCACUGAGGAACUGAAACAAAAACUAGGCCUUUAUUCAGAUAUACCACUGGACCUGCUGUGAAGACAGACGUGCCUAAAAGCUAAAAAUGGACGGAAUUCAACACAAAAUGACAUCCUCUGAUCCUAUGCCAGAUGAGAGACAU